ACCGAGCAGGAAGCAACCGCUCAUCGCCCAAAAACUCGGGAUUGUUGCAUCGUAGCUUGGCGGGGGAAGAGGAUGAGCGGACGAAAAAGCUUGUGCAAGCGGCGGACGGCUCGCCCAAUCCGUCGACUCGGCGGACAUCGGUUUUCGGGACAUCUCCCGGACGCAGAAAACCUGGGUUAGGGCUAUCAUCACACGUCUGCAUCAUCUCCGCCGCCCGCCCGUCAAAAAAAAAAAACAGAGGCCGCGCGCCACUCCAACCGCUCGUUAGGUCAACACCAUGUCCCUCGCCGUGCCCCUCCGACCGCUCCUCCGACCGCUGCGGCCGUGCAGCCGGCGCACAUUCUUCGACCUUCCUACGGCGAGUCCCCAACGCUUCACGGCUUCCCGACGCCUGCCGCACCCACCGGCAGCACUCUACCGCCUCAUCAGCGACAUCGACGCCUACCACGAGUACCUCCCCUACUGCCUAGGCUCCCGCAUCACGUCGCGCUGCCCCGACACCAACACACCGACCGAAGCCGAUCUCCGCGUGGGCUGGGGGGCAUUCGACGAGACGUUCCGGAGCCGUGUGACGUGUAUACCCGAGCGCCUCAGCGUCCAGGCGGAUGCAAGCCAGAACCCGCUGUUUAAACAAUUGAAGGCUAGAUGGGAGAUCAAAGAUUCCGAUGACGGACAUGGGGGAGACGUGAGUUUGCACAUCGAGUUUGCGUUUGCCAAUCCGCUCUAUGCGGCCGUCGGUGGAGCGGUGGCGCCGAAGGUGGCCGGUGUCAUGGUGGAUGCAUUCGAGAAGCGGGCGAGGGAGGUGUUGAAGAUCGUUCCGACGUAGGAGCGGUGGGGGCGGGCUGGGUAGGGAGGGGGUGUGCAAUUGGCUGAUAUGGGUCGGCUGGAGUCUGAUAUCAUUUAUGCCGUGCAUAUACCGUGGAGUUCCGGUCGAUAGUCUAGACAAAAACAUGGUGUACGAUAGAGCAAUUACGGGCGGGCAAGUAGAGAAGAUCACAUUCUGGUUUCACUCAGA